AUGUCUACUUCUAACUCUCAAGGUAUCAACACUCUUUUGGACGCUGAACGUGAAGCUUCCAAGAUUGUUCAAAAGGCCAAGCAAUAUCGUGUUCAACGUUUGAAGGAUGCUCGUUCUGAAGCAGCCAAGGAAAUUGAGGAACUCAAGGCACAAAAGAAUACCGAAUAUCAAAAUUUCGUCGCACAGCACUCUGGACAAUCAGAUCAAAGCCUUGGUAAGGUCGACCAAGAGACUGAUGCCAAAAUUGAGGAGAUCCGUACUGCUGCUAACAACAAGAAACAAGAUGCUGUUGAUAAGAUGAUCAAGGCCAUCACUAAUGUUGAAACCAAGCCUCAUGAAAACUACCAUGUUUAA